CUCCACUGUCGCCUCAUGCUUGCUCAUAACAAGCUCAAACACUUCAUGCUUCUUUACACAGAUAAACUUUUACCAUUUGACGUUAUAAACUUAAUUUAGUUCUUCGGCCACAAGCUAAAUGUGUGUAAUUUAAUUCUAAUAAAUCCAGAUGACAUGACUGACUUGAUUUUCUUGUAUAAUUCUGUUGCGUCUGUCUGAGGCGCCUCUCUCUGUCUCUCUCUCUCUUCGUGCCAGUUGUCCCUGUCUGUUGCCACCCAGAGGGCAGCCACUGUCGGGGCGUCUGCAGCUUGUUGCCCUCCAAGAAGCAACAGCAGUAAACCAGAGAUCAGCUCCCCUUACAGCUGUCUGUAAAUUUAGACUGUCAGAACCAGACAACUGGAGGAGCCAUGGAGCCCAGACGUUGCUUUGGAAGCUGCACUGGAUGUGGGAAAGCCGUGUUUGCUGCAGGAGGAGCCUGCCAGGCGAUGGGGCAUUUAUUCCACAACACAUGCUUCACCUGCAGCAUUUGCAACAAACAGCUCAAAGGACAGCCGUUCUUCACCGUGUCGGGACACAUCUACUGUGAGGAUGAUUUUUUGUUCUCUGGAGUUCACCCAUCUGAAGAAACAUGUUACAGUUGCGGAAGUUCAAUCACAGAUUUGGUUCUGCAGGCCCGGGGGAAAUCGUACCACCCGAGCUGUUUUCGCUGUGUGGUCUGCAGACGGGAGCUGCAGGGUCAGGCCUUCGCUGUGGACUCAGACUGCAGGGUUUACUGUGUCACCGACUAUCACAGGGUCCGGUCUCCCCUCUGCGGUGCCUGCGGGAUGCCGAUACUGCCUACAGAGGGAUCUGCAGAGUCAAUUCGAGUGGCAUCGUGUAACAAGUACUAUCAUGUAGAGUGUUACAGCGGUGAGGUCAGCCUUAUUUAAUGGAGAUGAGUGUUUUACUACCAUAUAUCUUAUACAACGUAUCAUUCAAAUAAAAUCUUUGCUUUUCUGAUUUC